AGGCAUUACCGCACCACAGUUGAAUGCUGGGAAACAGGCUCCGGUAAGCUUGAUUGCAUGGCGAAGCAAGAGACUUCGACGGCGAGCUGGCAGCACAACUUUGUGCGAAAGCAUAACGCUUAGCACUGCGCUGGCAGCUAUGGAGAAGCAGCAUGUCGCAGGGUGUCGCAUGGCAGAGCUUCAAGAAGUCGAGGUUCGACCCUAGGAGCAUCAUGGAAGACGUGGAGGUGCAAUGGGCCUCAGAGGACCACCAACGGUCAUGGACCCGAAAGGCGAGACUUCGGGCAAGGUUGCGGCGGAUACCACACAGCCACAAUCCGGCGGACAGCCUCACCAAGCUUCCGCACCUGGCCCACAUGGCGCAGCUCUACGACCUCUUGGAAAUCCACCACUUCUGCUGCUUGCUUGGUUUCGGCUGCGACGCCGUCUACCCGUACCUCUGUUAUCUCAGCCUGCUGCGGGUGCGGGGCUGCGAUCUGCCGCUGUCCAAGCGCAUCGAGAACUUCCGGGCAGGGUCCGACUCAGGCAUCUUGAAGGUGAUGUCAAAGAUGGGCAUCAGCUGCCUGCAGAGCUACAAGGGCGCUCAGCUCUUCCAGGCUGUGGGCCUGGACAAGGAGGUCAUCGCCAAGUGCUUCACCGGCUGCAAGUUCGUCCUGAAUGGUGCGGGCUUCAGCAUCUUCUCCCAGGACGCCAUGGAGCUGCACAGGAUGGCUUUCCCGGACAGGCCCCAGCCGCCUCUCGUGGACGACGAGGUGGAAGAGUUGGAGGACUUGGGGGAGUACCACUUCCGCAGCAUCCAUGAGACGGAGAUCCAUAUGAACACUCCGGAUGUUAUUUACAAGAUGCAAGAGGCGGCUAAGAACAACUCCUCGGAGGCCUACAAGAUGUUCUCCACUUGGCAAAACAAGAUUACGGAGCAGACGGAGAUCCGGGGUCAGCUUGAGUUUCGGGCGGACGAGUGCGAUCCGGUGCCUCUGAACGAGGUGGAGCCGGCAGUGGAGAUCGUGAAGCGCUUCUGCACUGGCGCAGCCUCUUUCGGAUCCAUCAGCGACGAGGCCCACCGGGCCAUGGCCAUCGCCAUGAACCGCAUCGGGGGCAAGAGUAACACCGGCGAGGGCGGAGAGGACCCGUUGCGCUUUGCCCACCUGGACGUGGGCGAGUGGGACGCUGGCGGCGUCAAGUGGGACAUCGUGGGAGGGGACUCCUUCCGUUCGAAGAUCAAGCAGGUCGCCUCCGGCCGCUUUGGCGUCACAGCGGAAUAUUUGGCCAACGCCGACGAGCUGCAAAUCAAGCUGGCCCAGGGCGCCAAGCCCGGCGAGGGCGGUGAGCUGCCGGGCCACAAGGUGAUCGGCAAGAUCGCAGAGACGCGGAAAGCCACCCCAGGGGUGGGGCUGAUAUCUCCACCGCCGCAUCACGACAUGUACUCCAUUGAGGACGUGGCGCAGCUCAUCAAGGACCUGAAGAACGCCAACCCGUCGGCCCGAAUUUCCGUGAAGCUGGUGGCACGCAUUGGCAUUGGGGUCAUCGCUUCAGGCGUCGUCAAGGGCAAGGCGGAUCACCUCACCAUCUCCGGCAUGUCCGGCGGAACUGGCGCGGCCAAGUGGGGCUCCAUCAAGCAUUGCGGCUUGCCGUGGGAGAUCGGCCUGGCAGAGACCCAUCAGACCCUGGUUCUCAAUGGUCUCAGGAACCGCGUGACGCUGCAGACAGACGGCCAGGUGCGUACCGGGCGGGACGUGGUCAUCGCGGCCAUGCUGGGUGCUGAGGAGAUCGCAAUGACCACGGCGCCGCUGAUCACCUUGGGCUGCAUCAUGAUGAGAAAGUGCCACUUGAACACCUGCCCGGUGGGUGUGGCGACCCAGGACCCAGAACUGCGGAAGAAGUUCACCGGGCAACCCGAGCACCUCAUCAACUUCCUCUUCCUGGUCGCCGAGGAGGCACGGGAGAUCAUGGCCUCGCUGGGUAUCAAGAAAUUCACGGAUCUCAUCGGCCGCACUGACCUGCUGAGGCCCAAGGGCUACCUCAAGGACAACCCAAAGACCGCGGACCUGGACUUCGCGGACCUGCUGAAGCCGGCCUGGACCAUGGAAUCCAUGAGCUCCAAGGCGGACGCUCCGAUGUUCUGCUGCGAGCCUCAGGACCACGAGCUGGCGCACGCCCUGGACCAGAGUUUGGUGAGCCGGUGCUCCGCAGCGCUCACCGACCAGGAGAAGGUGCGGCUGAAAGGGGUGCCCGUCAACAACGUGGACCGCUCCGUGGGUGGCAUCCUGAGCUUUGAGGUGAGUAAGAAGUACGGCGCCAAGGGCCUGCCGGAGGGUACGUUGCAGGUUGGCUUUCUGGGCAGUAGCGGCCAGUCGUUUGGGAACUUCCUGGCGCCAGGCAUCACUUUCCAGCUUGAGGGAGACGCAAACGACUACAUUGGAAAGGGGCUGAGCGGAGGCACCAUCAUUGUCUACAAGCCCAAGCAGGCGACCUACGCCUCCCAGGACAGCAUCAUCGCGGGCAAUGCAGCGCUCUACGGCGCCACAUCUGGCAAGGCCCAGGGAUGA